AUGAAGAUUUGGACAUUAAACGACAUUGAUAUCGGAGCCAAAUUGGGCAAAGGGGGAUACGGUAUCUUGCAAAAGAGCACACCUUUUUGCAAUAAAAGUUAUUCCAAAGCAGCAAUUGCUUUAGAUUAUCUUCAUUCUAGAAAUAUAAUUCAUAGAGACAUUAAACCUCAAAAUAUCUUAUUGGGAGUAGACAAUGUUCUCAAAAUGGCAGACUUUGGUUUCUUGGUUGAUACUAUGGAAAGACGUAAAACUGUCUGUGAUAUGUUAAAUUACCUUCCACUAGAGAUGGUAGAUCGUAGAGCCUACAAUCCCAAAGUUGAUUUAUGA